AUGUCCGGAGAGCAGACCCGUCAGGCUACUCAGCGGUCGCAUGGCUUCAUGUCAGCACUCAAGAAGCCCUUCCAGGGUUGGUCGAAGGAGCUCCUCCGCGCUCGCGACAAUGACGACGACGACUACAACUUCGCGAGCGGUAUGCGCCGUGGCACUCACCUGUACCGCGACCCCAGCGACAACGCCUGA